AUGGACCCGGAAAAUCCUCUUCACUUCGACUCGGCAGUGUUCACUGCCGAUAAUUUGGUUAAGCAGUGUGCUGCCAAAUCUGAUCACUUUGAUAGAGAACUUAAUAAAGCAACUAAGGACGUUAAUGAUCUUAAUUUAGAUUGCAAAACCAAUGUAACUCACGCACAAAAUAAUGUUAAGCAUGAGACAAAGCGGCUGGAAGAGGCGUCCGCCAAGGAACGUGAGGACCUGAAGGCGACGGAAGAAAAGAUCAAGUCGACGCUUGACGGUGCCAGAGAUUGCGUGAAUAAAAAAAUUAGAAAAGAUGUAGAAGAGCUUGUGAAAACUUUUAGAGUUAAGGUGCAGAGUAUUUUAAACCAGCUGAGGAAGAUUGAAAGCAACCUGCGGCAGUACAUAAGCAGGCUGGAGAAAUGGAUUAGCAGGGCGGAGCAAUCGGUGACAGAUGCUUUGGAGAGAAUAAAUAAUAUAUUAAAAGGAGUGGAUGAAAAGGAUUCAGUCACACAGCCAUAUAAAAUCAAGCAUGCUGUAGAGCAGAUUAAGACUGCGGUGACGAUGCUUCACGGCGCUGGAGGGGAUGCUGGGAAGGAAGUGAGGGAGGAAGUUGUAAAUGCGCAGGAGCAAUUGAAGCAGUUGGAAGAGGCGGUUCGGUAUGAUUUGAAUCAUGUGAAAACGCAGCUGCUGACCAAGCUUGCGGAAUACGUUCAGGGGUAUGUCACGGAAGUGCAAAAGCAAGUUGGGUUAAUUAAGGACGGUGACAGCAGUAAAAGCGAUGGUCUGCAGGGUAUUAAAGAGAAGAUAGUGAAGAAUUAUGCGGAGGGGUUUCAGAGUGAGGGGGCGUUUGAGGUUACGGUGAAGGGAUGGAUUUUGAAAUCCUUGGAAAUGGAGAUGGUAAAUAAGUGUCUUGAGGGAUAUAUUAAGGAUAGCCAGAACAAGGAUCACCUGAAGCUGGAAUAUAAGACGGGGGGCAGCAGUGUAGAUUAUAAGGCGCUAAACAACAAAAUCCGAGAUCUGAUUAUGGCAAAGAUAAAGGAAAAGGUUAGCAAUUUUUGGGAAGAGCCAAGGAAUACGAUAGGUGUCGGCUCUAAAGACAGCAUUCAAGGAUAUACAGACUAUGUGAAGGAGGUAUGUCAGAGCUUUGCAAAGAAUCUCGGUGAAAAACUUAAAGAAGAUAACAUUAGUCACACAAACCACGUAGUUGGAAGCAUAGUAGAGACGAUUAAACAGGUUAAAGAACAGAGUACAGCUAUAUUCAACUCAGAACCUACUAACGACUAUAAUCUGUCUUUCGCUAUCCGUUAUGCCAUGGCUGCCCUGCAAUCUACCGCUCAGGAAGCGGCAAAGACUCUUGAACAAUUCGCCAUCACCAAAGGGAAUGCAACGGCAAAUCUCGCCACCAACUUGGACAAGGCGCUCAAAGUGGCUACCGAUAUGGACGGCGCUUUUGACACGGCGCUUGUCAAAUACGGCGACAGCGGAUAUGACAAAGGCAUCGCCUUCGACCCCUACGGUACCGCCCACAAGCAAACAGUCCAGCUGACUCACAACAUUCACAGGACGAUUAGUGACAUUUUGAAGAACGAGGUCGGGGAGGACGGUACAGAUAAGGAUGUUGGUAAAGUAAAGCUUGACAAUUUUACGUUGUCCUUCACCAAUGCAAGGCACGGCGGCGAGGACAGAACCAAGAAAACAGCACUGACGAAUGCCAUCCGAAAAAUACAAAGUGAGGUGGAGAACGCAUUGACAUCCAUAACCCAAUUCCAUGGCUUUGCGAGCGAAGAUAUACAAAAGGUCACAGACAGUCUCACGGAGCUUUAUAGAGCUCUCAAACACGAAGGCGAACAAGCCAAGUUGAAUCUCAAUGAUUUGAAAGCAAAGCAAAUCAACGGCCAACUGGAUCAUCUUAAAACAAAACUCAGUGACCUGCAAAAUUUUAAUUUAGUCGGAGCAAUCCAGGACGCCGAGAAGUUCAUGAAAAGUCUCGACUCAUCCCUGGAACCUACAAUCCAGCUGCUAGGAAACCAUGUUAGAGAUGAAGUUGCGUCAGCCGAAAAGACUCUCAUCACCCAUGCGCGGAAACAGUACGUUGACGCCGUAAAAUUCCUGCUCGAAAAAUUCGCGGACAGAGUUACUGGGGAACUGCAAUCGUUGCCAGAACAGAUUACGAAAGAUUUGACAAUUGGACACAAAGGCUUCAUGGCGAAAUUACAUGACCAUAUUAUGGUUAGAGUAGAAAGGAUUAAAUCAAUAAAUCCUGAUGAGUUCACAAUACAAGACUCUCCACUCAGCCAAGCAUCUAAAACAUUAAAAGGCGCGUUGAAUUUGUUUAUCAUCAAGUUGCAAAAUCAACCAGCAUUCAAGGCAGACUUCAGCCAAAUUAGGCCUUCCUACAACUCUCUCACCAACUUGCUCGCUAACCUCGAAAAAUCGAAGCACUUCGACGAUGACUUCCGUCAAUAUUUAGAGUUACUCCACAACGCUGUCACCGCUUUCAAGCCCUCCACGUACGGCGAAGCCAGGAGCCCUUCACUACUCAACGCUUUAAAGAAGGGCUUUUCCUCCCUGGCCUCCGAACUCCAGAGAGCGUACGUCUCGACAUACUCGCAGCAGCAGAUUAAGUGGGAUGACAUCAGUCAGGCAGAGAAAGAAAAGUACGCUAAAAUCGCCUUGACCCUUACGCCUAUCGUGUAUCAAGAAUUCACUGAGCUCAAAGAUGGACUUGAAAAAGAGAGUUGGAAAACCCACAAAAUUUAUAACUCUUCUAACUCCAAUAACAGUCUGCAUAAAUUAUUCUUCGCUUACAACGGGUAUGAUGUUGGCCGCCCGGCCGAAAGCCCAUAUGGCGAGUUAAAUCACAAAAAAGAUUUCAAUGGUAGUAAUAUUCUUGCACAUCUUAAUAAUGAAAGACAUAAGCUGUAUAGUAAAAUUACAACUCCCAUCACCGUUAUGUCUGAUUCCCAAAUCCAGUCGGAUGAGCCUCCACUCACCAUUGAAAAGGAAAACGGUGUCGUCCGACAACUAUUUGAUCACCUCAAUAAAUACUUCGGAGUCUGUCACUUAAAUUACAUUGACAAACCCAGGUCACCGUGUAGCAUCUAUGACAUGUCCCUAUGGCUCUCCGGCCUUCCGCAUAAUCCUGUUUACGAAAAGCUUAAGCAGCAGAUUAAGACUAUGUUCGAAGUGCCAAGUGAGACAGAUCCUUCUCAGAAAAUUGUUGCGCCCGUUAAAGCCUAUCCACAACAGUUUACAGAUGGUGAAAUACAUUCUGCACUUGAACAUGUUACAUCGCACGCGUACUCACUGCUGACUGGCGUCGUAGGGCAUGGUGAUGCUGAAACGUUCUAUGCGUGUGAGUUCCCUAGCAACUCCCUUAGCUUGUAUUAUCCUGCCUCCGGCGCGGAGUGUCUCGACAUGUUGCUUGAUAUACUACGUAGAAUGUUCCCCGUCCUUACAUUCUUACAUACCCAGUGUAGCCUACGUGAUAAGCACGGUGGUUGGCGCGACUGCUACUACGGCAAGGAUAUCAAGUCGUCCAAAUUAUCGUGUAACCACCAUGUUACCGAUAAAGCUACGUGCCAACCUAUGUGCCAGGCAAACACCAAACCAAAUUGCCAACCUACGUCGCCACUUAUGUCUUACUUAAACGAUAGCUUACAUGGUCAUUUGCCGCAUGAUGUAACCUCUGUUGGUUGCAAAUCAUCGUGCAACACCUGCCCCAAAUCCACACCAGGAAUGCCAUGUCUCCCUCCCCUCGGCUUCAGAGCGUUCUCGAACAGUACGCAUACAGGGAGAGACCUGUGUGAACUACUGGGUGAGUUGGUCGGUACGAGAGGAUUACUAACCAAACUCCACUCUUUACUUACGUGUCUUCUCAACCGCCCACCGCAGUGGUUCCCUGAUAUAUUCUCAUUCUAUUACCAAGUCGUCAGACCAUGGAAUUUGAUGUCAUCCAGAGUUAAACCAUUAAAUGUAAUUCAACAAGCAAUCGCCGACAAAAUCACGUCUACCGUGGGCUGCGAUUCUAGUGAUGCUGUGUCGUUACUCGAUUCAUGUCGCAAAAUGUAUGACUCUCCAUCGCACUUUUUGCAUGACGUUAAUAGUGGUUGCGAUAUUGGCUACCUUGUUGGCUGCGGUCAGUCCGAUUGUGGUUACAUCAUGCGGCCGCUCAACGCAUCGGCCUACUCCAUGUUUGCUCCUAAGUUUGCCAGCAGUUAUCUGUCGUGUCUGCUUUACGCUUGUUCAAAUAUUUACAACUUCCUCGAUCAGCUGAAAAAUUCUUUCUGCGACAUUUCCUGCUACGAUCACCAGUGUGGUCCAUGCCUUAACAGUGCCGGUUGUGCAAAAGGCAAGCACGGCACAAAGCCAUGUGGAUGCUCAUCCAUUGUCCAGUGCCGAGGAGUCUCAUCAGUGUUUUACAGGUAUGGCUUAGCAUAUGCCGAUGCCGCCGGCAGAAGCCAAAUCAAAUGUCAGGAUUUCUGCGCAGCAUUGGACAAAAUAUUGCAAUCGCAAACGCUAAAGAAUUUCUUGAGUGCCAUCGAUGAGUUCAUGUUCACCGUCAGAAAAAAUUUCAUUUGGACAUUACUAGGGCUUUGGGCAUUUUCAUUCCUCUACCUGCUGCACAUCACCGUCGUCCGCCUCGACGUCCUGAGGAUACGCUCCCACCUGAGAUCACCCUCAAGCCACCGCAUCGCCGCCCAGUCCCUCCUCGCCGCCGCACGCGUCAAGGCACUCGCCAACGUCAAGUACUUCUCACCAUAA